CUUCCUGCCUGGCCGGCUGGCUGUCGGCGGCGGCGGCUCCACGGCGCAGGCCCGCUGCAGCGCAGCCGCUCUGAGCAGUAACCAUUCAUGGAGGAACAUACGGUCACGCAGACCGAGCACAUGGCGACCAUAGAGGCCCACGCGGUGGCCCAGCAAGUCCAGCAGGUCCACGUGGCCACGUAUACGGAGCACAGCAUGCUGAGUGCCGACGAGGAUUCCCCCUCUUCGCCCGAGGACACGUCCUACGACGACUCGGACAUCCUCAACUCCACGGCCACCGACGAGGUGACAGCCCACCUGGCCGCUGCAGGGCCGGUGGGAAUGGCCGCCGCCGCCGCCGUGGCCACCGGUAAAAAAAGGAAGCGGCCUCACGUUUUUGAGUCCAACCCAUCCAUCCGCAAGAGGCAGCAGACGCGGUUGUUACGGUAA